AUGAUCUGGCCAGGUGCAUUAGUUCAAUGUGCAUUUUUCCGCACAUUACACGAAAGUAAAGAGGAGGAUGAAUUAAACAAUGUCACUCGUUGGAAAAUGAGUCGUAUAAGACUUCUUCUAUACGUCAGUAUGGCAUCAUUCGUUUAUUAUUGGCUGCCGGGUUAUAUAUUUCCAUUGUUGACGGCAUUUUCAUUCCUUUGUUUACUUAAACCUAACAACGUUCUAUUUUCACAAAUAACGGGUAUCAGUGGACUUGGUGUUGGUUCGGUGCAGCUAGAUUGGAGCUCGAUAACAGCCUUUUUAGGUUCACCAAUUGUUGUAAAUAGUCAAUCAUUUAGAACAUCCGUUUUGAAUUACGUUAGACUACUUAAACGGUCUAAGGCUGUCCUAAUAGAAUCAGCUGAACCCGGUUGGGCACACCUGAAUAUUCUAUUUGGAUUUGUUGUACUGGUCUGGAUUGUUGUUCCAAUUAUGUACUACACAAAUACAUGGGGAUCAAAAGCAUUUCCACUAGGAACAACCGAUUUAUAUCGAGCGGAUGGCUCGCUCUAUGACAUUACAGUUGUACUGGAUCAAAAUUCGAGAUUAAAUGAAACUGCCUACAAGCAAUAUGGUACGAUUCGACUAACAGUGAUGUUUGCACUUGCCUAUGGACCAACAUUUGCUGCUCUAACAGCAUGCAUUGUUCACACGAUACUAUUUCAUGGUAAAGAGAUUAUAAGACAGUUCAAUAUGUCGAUAACAGAAGCUAUGAAUGAAGUGCACGCUAAGUUAAUGGCUAAAUACGGAGAAGCACCUGAAUGGUGGUACACUAUUGUGUUUUGUGUCAAUGUCUUUGUAGCAUGUUUGGUUUGUCAUUUUGGAGACUUGAUGCCCUGGUAUUGGUUAUUCAUCGCUAUAAUUGUUGUAUUCGUAUUACUUUUACCUGUUGGUAUCGUGCAAGCCCUAUCAAAUCAGCAACUUGGUCUUGGCGUUUUUUCAGAAUUUAUAGGCAGCUACUUAAUGGACAGUAAUCCAAUCGGUAACGGGACAUUCAAAACAUACACAUAUAUAACCGAAGUGCAAGCAUUACGAAUGAUACAAGCUUUAAAAUUGGGACAUUAUAUGAAAGUGCCUCCACGCAUAAUGUUUGCCGCUCAGAUAUCAUCCGCUGUCAUUAGUUCUGUUGUCAGCUACGAAUUUGGUCUUUUUUUAUUAGAUGGUAUUAAAGGUAUAUGUACAGCAAAAAAUAAGGAGUGGCAAUGCCCAGAUCCAAAUGUUUUUUAUAGUGCUUCAGUGAUAUGGGGUGCGGUGGGUGCGCAAAAAUCAUUUGUUAAUAACGAUGUAUCCUAUUAUCAUAUAUUCUGGUUUUUUCCUCUGGGUGCCAUAUUGCCUAUCAUACAGUGGUUGAUAUUGCAAAAAUGGCCCUCAAAAUUUUGGUUACAUUAUGUUCACUUCCCGAUUAUGUUCGCAAGUUUAUCGUAUCUAAUCCCAGCACCAGCAGGAAACUUUGUCUCUUGGUUAUUUUUGGGCUUAGUUUUUAAUUAUGGUAUCAAGAAAUAUGUGUUUGACUGGUGGGACCGUUAUGCAUAUAUCACAUCAGCAGCUUUAGACAUUGGUGUAGCGUUCUCCAGUCUUCUCAUCUUCUUAGCUUUAAGCAAUCAAAGCAUUUCAUUCCCUAAUUGGUGGGGCAUGGGCGGUCCAAGCUAUGAUGGAUGCCCUUUGUCCAAUGCAAAUUAUUCGGGAAUUAUCCCGGGAUAA